CGAGAGCAUGAGAGAGUAGGAGAGAAAUGAAUGAAACAUUGGUUUGAUCCUGGUUAUUUAACUAGCUAUCUUAAGGGGACGUUAACUACAUCCUGUAAGCAAGACCCCGAGGUUAAACUACAGACAGCCAAUGGGGCUGUUUGACAAGUUGGCAGGAUGGCUGGGGUUGAAGAAGGAGGUGAAUGUGCUCUGUCUUGGUCUGGACAACAGUGGAAAAACAACCAUCAUCAACCACCUCAAGCCCUCUAAUGCUCAGGCACAAGACAUUGUCCCAACCAUUGGCUUCAGCAUAGAGAAGUUCAAGACAUCCAGUCUUUCCUUCACAGUUUUUGACAUGUCUGGUCAAGGCAGAUACAGAAAUCUUUGGGAACAUUACUACAAGGAAGGCCAGGCUAUCAUAUUUGUGAUUGAUAGUGCAGACAAACUGAGGAUGGUCGUAGCCAAAGAAGAACUGGACACAUUACUAAACCAUCCUGAUAUUAAACACAGAAGGAUCCCCAUCCUGUUCUUUGCAAACAAGAUGGACGUCAGAGAUGCUCUGUCUUCAGUCAAGGUGUCACAGCUGCUGUGUUUGGAGAACAUCAAAGACAAGCCGUGGCACAUCUGUGCCACAGACGCUCUGAAAGGAGAAGGUUUACAGGAGGGGGUCGACUGGUUACAAGAUCAAAUCAAAACAAUGAGAACGUGAGGCCAUGAGGAUGGACACGUGGGAAGGAGCAGCAUCCGUGGUGGUCUUUUUUGAAAGAUAGGUUGACCCUGUUUUCAGAGGUACCAUGGCAUAGUAGUUUUUUUAAUGUGGUAUGUAGAUGGUCUUGGAUGCUUGUGGUUCACUUGAAGAAUGAGUACAUGAUUUGAUUCUCUGGUACUGGUAAUAACAGUGAAAAAGCACCCUCCGACAGUGCUGAGUCAGUGAGAAACAUACAAAUAAGCAAUUUCUAUACAUUCCUUUUGGCAAAUUCUUAAUUUUUAAUGAAAGCAUCAUGAAUUUAAACUGAUAAAUACUGCUGUCAAACUGGGCAGCUACAUUUAGAUAUAUGGAAAGUUCUAUUUCCAUCUCCAUUAUCCCUCCCUUUUCUUCCUCCUUUCUAUUUUUGUGUUAUUUUGUUAUGUUUUAGCCCUUAAACUAGGGAUGCACGAUAACUGUUUUUUAAAACCGA